GAGAUAAGGGAGGCACCUAGGGAUGUCUCUGCAGCACUGAAGGCCCCUGCACUCGCAUGCUCUUGAUCCUGCGAAUGUGUUUCCUUACACUCCCUGAGAGGUUGCUGCCAAAAUGCGCAAGUUCAUGAUACCCAGAAUGUGAUGCUGGUCCUGGCUGGUCACUACUCCGAACGCAAAGCAGUCAUCAUGAAGAACAUUGAUGAUGGGACCUCAGACCGGAUCUACAACCAUGUUCUGGUGGCUGGAAUUGAUUGCUAUCCCUGCAAAGUGACAAGUGCCAUAGACAAGAAGAAAACUGCCAAGAAGUCAAAGAUUAAAUCUUCUGCGAAAGUUUAUCAUUCCAAUCAACUCAGGCCUACAAACUACUCUGUGGAUAACCCCUUGGACAAAGCUGUAGUCAACGAGGACGUCUUCAGAGAACCUGUUCUCAAACACAAGGCCAAACGAGAGGCCAAGUUCAAAUCUAAGGAGAGAUACAAGACUGGCAAGAACAGAUGGUUCUCCCAAAAGCUGCAGUUUUAGGUCUGUCUUGUUUCAGUCCCUAAAAAUAACCGCCUCCCCCCCAAUUAUGUUUUAUUUAUUUUAAUGAACUUUUAAGCAACUAGAUGUCCUCAAUUGGCUGAAAGUUAUCAUCGCAGAUAAUAAUGUUUAUUGUAUGUUGAGUAGUGUACUGAAGUGAAGAGAAGUGAAGUCGCUCAGUCGUGUCUGACUCUUUGUGACCCCAUGGACUGUAGCCCAGCAGGCUCCUCUGUCCAUGGGAUUCUCCAGGCAAG